UGAGCGUCAGGUGCUGCUGCGCAUGCGCGUGAAAGUUGCAGAGAAAGUUUGAGAGUUGUCUUCAGUCUACUGGGUUUGUUAAUGGGACUCCCGGCGUUUAGUAAGUGUUUGGAAUUGUUUUCUGUUCACAGACACGCGAGAGACUUUCUCACAGUGGACAGGAAAUUAUUUUACAGCUAUUUUAUUUUGUUCUAAAUUGGAUUACAUCCGUAAUGAUACGAAGUAAAACAUACACAUCACAACCGUGAGGAACUCGAGCGAACGGAUGUCGUCUUUCUCCUGGACAUUUCAUUUGUGCUAUAUCAUUACUUUGAUGACACCCAAGAACAGGAAGUGAGAUUCAUGGCCACCGUCCCCAUCCCGCCACCCCCGAUCCCUCCUCCUCCUCCUCCUCCACCUCCACCCCCUCCUGCCCCAGCCAGCGGUCUGACCCGCGCAGACUCGGGCCGCAAACACCGGCUGCGCAAUCUCAACUGGGAACGGAUCCCCAAAGAGCGUGUGGAGGGCCGUGAGAGUGUGUGGAGCGGCUCUCUGGAUGAGGACAGUGACCUCUCCAUCGACCUCAACUCUCUGGAUGAGCUCUUUGGCCAAAAAGAGGGCGGCAAGCCAGACCGGGCCAGUGGCUUUCGGCGUAAUUUGCUGAGGUGCGGGUCUCCACAAGAGAUGAGUGUGGACAAAGUUACACUGCUUGACUCAAAACGCAGCAUGAAUGUUGGGAUAUUUCUGCGGCAAUUGAAAAUUGCUUCUCGGGAGAUCGUGGAGGAUGUGAGACGAGGAGCUGGAGAGCGUUACGGAGCUGAGAAACUGGCUGAACUCUGCAAGCUGCUGCCUGAUAAUGAAGAGGAGGCCAGGUUGAAAAAGUUCAGCGGUGACCGUAGUUUACUGGCAGAGCCGGAUCUCUUCAUUCUCUUACUGGUGGAGUUACCCAGCUUUCGCAUGCGUCUGGACGUCAUGAUCCUCCAGCAGGAGUUUGACCCCGCGGUGACCUCUCUCUGUGUGGCGGCCAGAUGUCUGCGGGAGGCAGCUCGAGAGCUGCUGAGCUGCCCCAAGCUUCACUAUCUGCGACUGGUGCUCAAGGCGGGGAACUACAUGAACGCUGGUGGUUACGCUGGGAAUGCUGCUGGAUUCAGGAUUUCCUCUUUGCUCAAACUGGCCGACACCAAAGCCAACAAACCAGGCAUGAACCUCCUCCAUUUUGUUGCCAUGGAGGCUGUAAAGAAGGAUAAAGACUUGCUGAUGUUUCCCAGCCGCUUGAGUCACGUCGGUCCAGCUUCAAGGUUGUCAGAAGAGUCUGUGGUGGAGGAUCUUUCUCGACUACAAAGCAGAGUGUCAGAUCUCAGAGUCCGAGCUCAGGCCGAUGCUGAAAUCCAGCUGCAGACCAGAACGUUUCUAGAGGGUGCUGAGGUGAGGCUGAAUGAAGCUCAGGAUGAGCUGGAAAGCUUACAGAAGACCAGCAAGGCUCUGGUGGAGUUCUUCUGUGAAGAUGACAAGACCUUCAAACUGGAGGAGGCCUGUCUGAUCUUCCACGGCUUCUGCCAUCGGUUCCAGAGAGCCGUGCGGGAAAACACAGAGAGGGAGUUACAAGAGCAGCGGCGCGUGGCACGCGAGCGUGAGAAUGUGGAAAAGCGUCGUUCCCUGGCUCUGUGCACCGGACUGGAAGCGGAGCGCGAAUCGAACGACCUGGAGCACGCACUACAGAGGAGCUUAAGUUACACGGGGAGCCGCCGCAGCCUGCGCAGACUCUCGCAGUACUUCCUCCGCUCCAAUGAGAGAAACAUGACAUCUGACAACCAACAGCAACCAAACUCAAACCUUCAUCCCGAAGGAUUCAGUAGAGACUCCAUAAGACUACAUAAGAAUGAUAAGGAAACUGAACUCAAACAAGCUCAGUGUUUUAGCACAGAUUCAGUGUGUGGCCUUCAACAAGAUGCAAUGGACUCACCAAACCCUAAGAAAAGCCAUUCUAGGUUGAGUACAAGGACAGUCCCCAGUGAUAACACUUUUGUUGCUUUGGGAAAAACACGUAUCACGUCACAUCAGCAGGGGGCAGUGAAUGUCUUGCCACUCACAGGACUAUCCCCUAACAAAGUUUUGAAAGUUGAGAAACUGGUUCAAGACACCUCUGAAAGGCUGACGCAGAUAGCGACAGAUGCCUCGGAGGAUGCUGAGAAGAAGGAUUGUGUAAAUGGCAAAGAGGCUCUGUCUCAAAGAAGAGGCGCUCCACAGACAGAAGCCGAGACAGCCACUAGUCUAUUGGGAGAGACGUGGACAAGUGCGUCCUCCCCUGCUAAAGCUAGUCCUCCUCUUACCCAGGAGCCGCGUAGCCCAGAAAGUGGGCAUGUUUACCCGCGGGUUGGAGAGACGCUGGAGUGCCACACGCUAGUGAAGGGCCUACGCUCCUACGAGAGCCUUUCGCCAACUGUGACACGACCAGCCCCAAAUCACUGCUCCAAAUGGAAGAAAGAGCGGGAAGCUGAGGAGCGAGAUGGCGCAAGCUCACCCCAUGCGAAGGAUGAUUGCCGUCUGGUAAAGACACCCACUAGAGGACCAACUAAAAGACUGCUGGUACCCCGAGGAGGGCCCCCAAACUGUAGCGGGACUCCAAGAGUGCACACGAAGCCACAGUCGACUCCUGCCGAUAGCUUGUCGACUAGUCACGUAUCGCGCCCUUCCCCUGUGCGUCCCACAUCCAUACGCACAUCGCUAAUGACACGCUUCACUGGUGUCCAGAAUGAACUCAAACGCAACAGCAGUGCAAGGCAGAAGGUAAACACCCCGUCUGAUACGGGGAAAUUAAAGAGUAACACUGCCGAGAAGUCGAAGCAGGAUGAGGACAAGCAUCGUGAGCAGUUUGUAAGAGGCUCACCACUUCGUGUGUCCAAACGGCUAGCGCCCAACUCUGAAUCCCCAGCUUCCCGCACCGUACACAGUCCCACCGCUGCUACGACUGCAAAGACAAUCCGCACGGCCAUCAUAAGUGCAGCCAAAGCCAAGACAAGCAAGACCCCCGGCACUAGAAUCCCAGGCCCCAAAAUUCCCAGACCUGCCGCCCAACCCAUGUGGAGAUAGUAUCUGGUUUCUUGAACUCUUGAGUAGCAGUUGAUUGACAUUUUCUGUGCAUUUGAACUAAAUUAAUAUACGUGCGAAUGGUCAACUGUUGUCUCCUUGCAAAUAAAGGAGCCAUUCAUUCAGUCUGCCCAGAAUGGACAGUCCACAGGGCGCUGUAAUGGAUCCUAGCAGAAUGACCGCUACUUUCAGAGUUCUCCACUGAUUCAGGUCACUUUGAGUUUCGCCUCCCAUUUCAGGACCUUGAUGGAAACUGUCGGGAGAGUCUCACUCUUCGGCUGCACGCUCUACCUCUGAACACUCGAGUGCCCUGUGCAGGUAACAGCGCACAUCAGAAGGGUUCCUGCCAGAACCUUCUUUCAUAUGUGUUUUGUUUGUGAUGUUAGAAUGUCAAAGCGAAUAGAGCUGCCCUGGUCAAACAGAACACUCGUGUAACUUCUGUGGUCCGGUUGAUUUUAACUUGCCCUUUGAUUCAGGUCAAACUAAUGGUGUACUUAAGUUACAGGUACAAAAUAAUGAUGCAAAACUAAUAUGUAAUAAUUCAAGAUCCCAAAGCAAAUAUGUUGAAGUAAAAUUGUGUGUGAGUUCAGUUUCCAUUUGUACAUGUUGAGCUUCUUCAACUUUGUUGCACUUUACAGAUGAAAGAGAUUUAAUGCUGGCAGGUCUCUGUGAUAAUCUGCUGUACUUGUGUGUUUUCUGUAUAUGAAAUGUUAAAUUAACAGAAUCAAAAACAUCCUUUGUAAUAUUUGUAUUUGUAAAUAAGAAUUUGAAAUAAAGGAAAGUCUGUUGAGAUAUUC